UCAUCGUUGAAUAUUGACGACAUGCAGCGAAGUCCAACGAAGAAGACUGACACCCCUUCGGAUUCAGUCAGGGCUUGGAGUUAAAACCGGGCUGCAUAUUUCGCUCACUGGGGGUAAACAAGCUGUGUGUCGGCGCCACAACAUGACCGGAAGCAUCUCGCAGCUCGCAGGUCAGCAGCGUCAGACCGGACAGUAACGUCACAGCUGCGCUCGCAUGUCGGGGAGACAACUAGAGAAAUCCAGGAGGACUGGAGCCAGCGGUUCCCCUGACAGGGCGGUCCAGAUCUCUCCCCGCCCCCCCCCCCUCUCUCUCCCUCUCUCUCCAUCUUUUCUCUCCACUUGAGACAAAUGGUUUUGAGUCAUGGAUCAAGGUAUCGUGGACAGUUCUGUUACCCUUGUCAUCAGGGCACCCAACCAGAAGUACAGCGACCACACCAUCAACUGUUGCCAUAACUGGACUGUGGAGAAACUCAAAGCGCACAUCUCCGAUGUGUACCCAAGCAAACCAAUUAUCCGUACACUUUUGGAUUUCCAGAGCUCCAAAGACCAGAGGCUGGUGUAUUCUGGGAAGCUGCUUUUGGAUCACUUUACCCUAAAAGAUGUGCUCAGAAAGCAGGACGAGUACCACAUGCUCCAUCUGGUGUGCGCCGCCCGAACCCCUCCCACCUCCCCGAAGCCCCUCCGCAGCCACAGCAACAAGCCCCAGGAGGGCUCGGCCGGUCCCCCGCCCCUUCUGAAUCCUGCCGGUCCGACCACUGGUCAACACGGCCCUCCAGCAGAGAGCAGUGAUGGACUCCGACAGCGAACCGGACCCUUCCCGUACCACCAGAUGUAUCCACAAUUUAUGCAAAGCUGGGAUCAGUACUCCUCGCCAUCAAUUCCUCCCACUAACAUGCCCACUCAUGUCAACCCCAUGACGCUGAUGUGGUGGCAGCAGUUGUACGCCCGCCAGUACUACAUGCACUAUCAGUUACUGGCUGCCUCCUCUCAACAUCUCAGGCCGGACCAGCCCGCCGCUCACUCCAACCAGCCCGACCCUCUGAGCCAGCGGCCUCAGGCAGAUCGCCGCGGCAACCCCGAAGUCCAGAUGAACGCCCAGGGCGGCGAGAUCAUGAACGAGGAGGAGCAGCACCGGGAUUGGCUGGACUGGGUGUACACGUUCUCACGUGCUGGGGUCCUACUCAGCAUAGUGUACUUCUACUCCUCCUUCAGCCGCUUCGUCAUGGUGAUGAUGGCCAUGGUAGUGCUUUACCUGCAUCAGACCGGCUGGUUUCCCUUCAACCUGGAGAAUGAGCUGCAGCUUCCGGGAGACCGAGACCAUCAGGACGACUUGGAGGGAGAGCUGCAGAACCAGGACCUGCAGGAAAUGGAAGGAGUGAUGGACGACGGCUCGGACGACGAUGGGGAAAGCGGGGAGGAAGGAGCGGAGGAUCCUAACAGCGCCCCCAACGCGGGCUUCCUGUCCUCCACGUGGUCGUUCAUCAUAACUUUCUUCAUGUCUCUCAUCCCGGAGGGGCCGCCAAACGCUGCUAACUGAACCACGAGCCGCUUCGGCUCUCCACAAGGGCACUUUCUUACUGCGAGGGGAGGCCGAGCAUCCUGCCUGCUUAGGAAACCAGUUUAUGUUCAGUACAAUGUUAUAGUUAGUACGAUAGUACUUUAUUACAUAUCCAAGACUUUGAGCCAAAACAUAAAUGACUGAUUUGACGUGAACGGAGGAAAAACGGUCAGAACAUUUUGAACUUUCAAAUGAUCUUAACUUCUGUACAGGUUUGCUAGUGAUGCCUUGUAAACAUAGUUCCAAUGCCAGUAGUCUCUGUAAAUGCAUUGUUUCUGCAUUAAUAAAAUAGGGACAACAGGCACAUUUAUGAAGAUAAACAUUGUUUUUCCUUUGUGUGAAGGUGAAAUAUUUUUUUUAAUGGUGGUUAUAUCCAAAUAAGAUAUUUUCGUUUAGAAAAAGGGCCACUUUAGUCCAAAAGCAAAACUCCUGAGAAGUGACAAGAGUCCUGUAGCGCCUGUGAUGGAUAACAUGAGUGACGAAGUUCAUAAAAAUGUGUACUGACUCGCUUGCACUCAGCUACAGAAAGACCGAAGCAGAUAUUUACUUAACCGUUAACCUAUAGCUCCGCUGUGAGAAGCUGUGGCAGCACGGGGGUUAUCGUUUUAAGCUUCCUACUCUACAAGGUGUGCGUAACCAAGCACAGGUGUAUUUAAUGACAUGAUAGCUGCGGUGUCCUUCGGGGAAGCCGAAUAGCUCGACAGACGAUCGUAAUGUAAUUUCCCUGCUGUGUUUUUCUGACUGUUAAAUGUCUGCUGUGAAUAAAAGGUCCAUCAGCUCCCUCUAA